UGAACUUGGAGUCAAACUGCUGCUGUUUUCAAAUCGGGGAACUUAUGUGGUUUGUUAGGUCGUCAGUUUCCCGUUUAAAGAAGAUAAUAAUAAUUUAAUAAUAUGGCGGCAUGUUUGGUGCCGGAUUUCCCAGCUGUAAGGAUUGCCUUGGAGCAUUUGGGCGAGUUAGAUAAACGACUGAGGGAAGAAGGCGUUUCAUUUAGUCAAGAAGCUAGUCACCACCUGAGAGAGACAGCUGACGCUAUUAAAGAGCUGGAAUCUUCUAGAAAAAUAGCCCGCGAGAAACUUGAAAUUGAAACUAUUGAGACAAGCAAGCUUCGACAUCGAACAAUAAACCUAGAGGAUGACAUCAGAAGUGAAAUAUCAGCUUGUGUCACAGCGGCUAGAGAAGACAAUGCUGCAGAGAUGAAUCGACUUCAGUCUGAGCUGAAAACUGUAGUAGAUGACAUACAAUCCAUGGAGGAGAAGCAACAACUCCUUGAACAAGAAAAUGCUGCUCUGAUUCAGGAGAAAGAAAACAUCAAAGGAAACUAUGAAGAUGAUGUUGACCAGAUGAAUCAGCAGAUGUCAAACAAAGCUAGUAUACAGAUGAUUUUAACAGAAAAACAGAAUGAGAUUCAGUCAUUGAAGGACAAAAUUGUCCAGGUGAAAGCGGCCCAACAGGACCUAAAAGAAAACAUGAUUCAGAAGAGUAAAACAUUUGCUGAAAGCAAACAUGCUGUGGAAAAAGAGAUAGAGGAAAUUGCUCUUAAGAUUAAAGAACAAAGAAAAAUCAAUGCAGGAACACGCAAGGAGCUGGAUAUCCUUACAUCAGAACUCCAAGACAAGGAGGAGACAAUAACACAGUGUGAAAAACAUAUAUCUCAGAUGGAGAAAAACAUUGCAAGAAUGGCAGCAUCUAAAAUCAUGUACAAAGAAUGGCUUCAUGAGGAGAAAAGUCAGCAAGAGGAACUUAAUCGUCAGAAGGAGACUCAUGAGCGUGAACUUCUUGAACUGGCAGAAGCGAGUGAGCAGAAAGUUCAGGGCCUUCAGAAGCAGAUGGUGGAGAUUGAAAAUGAGAUAAAGGAAGAACAGAAAGUGAAAAGUGCUCUAUCAGAGCCCCUCGCUAAACUGUCAGACAUCUUCAGCACUCAGAGGAAAGAGGAAGAUGACAUGAUUGCUGAACAUCACAGUCUGUUCAAACGAUUAGAGGAGAAUAAACUGAGACGUGAUGAGGAUGUUAUAUCCAUUGCCAAAUGUAGAUUUGAAAUCAAAAACAUGAAAGAAGAGAUGAGACAGCUUCACGACGCUAACAUAAUCAAUGCAGAUAUGUUUGAGAAAACUCUGGAGGAACUGGAAGGUCAGUUGGCCAAACAUAACAUGAGCAGGGCAGCAGUUGAAGCUGAGAGAGAGAAAAUAAGUCAAUCUCACAAAACCCUUAAAGAGGAACACGAAGAGUAUGUGAAGGAGAUCAAUGCAGCCAUCGAACAGGCCCAGAAGAAAUAUGGAGAGUUGCUUCAUGAGAAGAAGAACCUCCAAAACCAUAUAUUAUUGAAUUCGGUUAUAAUGGAUCUUACAGAAGAGCUGACAAAUUUAGAGGAAGUGGGAAAACAAAUGGAAAUGAACUACCAGGCUGAAAUUCAACAGCUUACAAGGGAUGUAGAAUCAAUCACUCAAGCUCAUACAGAAAGAGAACAGGAGCUCAAGGACCAAGAGUCGAUUUUAGAGACGGUGCAGUCUCAGUUUGACAUUGACCACCUCAAACAUCAGACUUUCAAAAACCAAAUAACAGAGCUGGUAACCCAAAGAAAACUUAUUGAGGUCUCCAUUGAGAACUUCACAAAACAGACUGCUGCUCUCCUAAAACCAAAGGAAGAUCUAAAAAGAGAGUUAAUGACUUUGAGGGCCAAGCAUAUGGAGAUGUUAACUGCCAACGCUGCAGUGAUCAGUGAAGUCGAAAAAAGCAUCUACGAGAAUAAGGUCAUGCUGGAGCAAGUUACGAUGGAAAACAGUCGCCUGCAUGUGUGCAUUGAACAACUGAAGGAGGAAAUAUUGGAUGCAAAGAAAGACAAGGAAAAAUAUAUGCACGAAGUCAAAUGGAUGAACGAGGAAGUGCAGUCUCUCUUUAAGACUCUAACGGAUACCUGGAAUACAAAUAUGUUGCUUACUGAGAACUCUGCAAAUCAAGACCAAAAGAUUGUGGAUAAUAUACACAAUCUCAUAGUGAGGAUUCAAGAAAGAAAACAUCACAUCAGUGACAUCAACAACAGACUGGAGAAAGAGUUAUUGGGCAUGAGCUCCGUGUUAGAGAAGCCAAACUUCAAGAACACUUAAUUUCACAUUGAUAUGGAACAAUGUCUUCUGACAUUUAAAAACUAUUUUACAGAGACCUCAAUUAUUA